CAAGCAAAUAGCGUAAUACCUAAGCGACUCCCAUAAAGACACAGAGAGAAUACGAAUAAGAGCAGAUAUUCUAAGCUAUCUGUUAUCAUUAUAAUUUUUUUUUUUAUAAAGAAGCAAUUUUAACACCCUUUAGCGGAUCUCUGCUCUCAUCUUUCCAUCUCUUUAUUCAUGUCUUGCUUCAGCAUAAGGUUUCCUCCAGCCAAGAAGGCAUGGAAAAGUUUUACUUCAAAACUUCAAACCAGACUACACAAGCUUCACAAAUCCAAAGCUUUCAAAAAACCCAAGAAUAAUGGGAAGAAGCUACAAAAAGCUGCUUCCAAAACUACAAGGCCUUCAUUGUUCUUAGGGCAACGCCUUCAGCUUAAGAGCAGCCGGCGACGUCAUGCUCUUCCUUUUGGGUACCAACGGUACGACCUCUCCGUCAAUAAAGCGGCGGCACCGGUUUACAUAGAUAAGCUGUUUAAAGAUGCGCCGGUGAGUGGAGUGGUAGAGUAUAUUCAUCAGCAGCCAUUAGAGAAGAACAAGAAGAAACUCAUUGAUGAAGCUGCAGAGGCUGGAACAAGCAAUGAAGGAGAAAAGCAGGGAGAUGAUAAGUUGGAGUCGGUAGGAUUGCUAUCGCCUAUGCUGUACGGAAUAGAUGCAAGAGCUGAGGAAUUCAUUGCAAGUUUCCGAGCAGAAAUGGAGCGUCAGGAAAUUAUAGCACGUAAUUUGUAGCGCUUGUUAAUUACCCCAUUACUAGUUUUUAUCUCAAAUAUUCAUCGACUGAACUGUUAAGGGAAAAGAUUAUCAAAUGAAGACAAUUUAAAUGGCUUAAAUAAA